AUGAGCGCCGCAUCAUCCAACCUCCAACUGUGGAAGGAGUACCGCAUCCCCUUGGUCUGCAUGGCCAUCGGUAUUGCCACCCUCUCUAUCAUCCUCUCCAACAAGAACAAGGACAACAACAACAAUAACGACAGCACUGGAGCAAACCCCAAGUCCCAUGACGCCAAUGGCAAGAAGGCUGGCAACAAGGUCGAAAAGGUUGUUCAGGACAUGGAGCAGGACCCCGCUAUCCCUGAACUCUCGGAGGAGGCUGUCGCUCGAGUUGUUGAUCAGGCCACCGAGGAACAGAAGCCUUACCAGCACAGGGGUCUCAAGAAGGAGGAGUUCCGCAAGCUUCCCAAAGUCAUUCGCAAGAAGCCCAAGAAGAUGCAGGCUCAAUUGGACGCCGCCGCUGCUGCAGCUACCCUUGCCGCUCUCGCUGCUACUUCAGAGAAGUCUGGGUGCUGUGGUGGAAAUAACAAGCCUGCAGGAGACACUUCGACUGGUUGCUGCGGCGGAAAGCAUAAGCCCGCCGCCGAGGACAGCGUCGCCGCUGUCAACGGCUGCUCAUCUGGAAGCGGUUGUGCCUGCUCUUCGCCUUCCAGUCUUACCACCCCUCCCUUGACCAAGAUCGACCCUCUGCUCCUGCCUUACCUGGUCGAUCCCAUCAAGAUCUUCUACUCGACCAUCACCGGUACCGCCAAGCUGUUUGCCACUCAAUUGGCUGUCUCUGCUGUUUCUCAUGGACUCCCCGAACCCAAGCUGAUCGACAUUGUGGACUACGACACUGAGGACUUUUUGUCCGAAUCCAGUCUCUCAAUUUUCAUCCUGUCGACCUAUAAUGUGGAGGGCCCCAACGAUUGGUUCUUGAAGUGGCUCGAGGAUACUCGUUUCGAUUGGCGCGUUGAGAAGGGAGCUCUCAGCAAGCUCAAGUUCUCGGUCUUUGGAUUGGGUGAUUCGGCCUACACUGAGGAGUUCUGCAACGGACCUCGGUCAGCUGACAAGUGGCUCGGACAGAUGGGUGCUCAGCGUGUCUGGCCCUUUGGCGAGGGUGACAAGAACGGAGAUCAGGGCGGCGCGUUCAAGCAGUGGAACGAUGCCUUAUUGGCCUCUCUUUUGGACCCCCACCAGAGCCAUGUUCACGACGCAUACUUUUCAUCGGACGAGGAGGAUGGCGCUUCGGCUUCGGAGAACGACGAUGAUGAGGAAUUGGACGAGGAUGGAGAGCCAGUGACGAAGACCAAGGAAGAGAAGCUCGGACUCCCCACCAUCGACGGAGGAGACGCUUCGGAGGGCGAGAUGGUUGAUCUGGAGGAUAUGGGCAAUAUUGCCCGCAAGAUCAAGCAGGCUAAGGAAGACAAGGCAUUGGACGAGGAGGCUUUUGCGAACGAGAAGGCUGGCGCCAAGCGCUCGGUUGGCGAGACCAAGGAUGGCAAGGCGAUCAAGCCUCGUGAGGUCCGUGAGAUGGUCAGCCCUUUGUUGUACAAGUCUUUGACCAAGCAGGGCUACAAGAUUAUUGGAUCCCACUCUGGAGUCAAGAUCUGCCGCUGGACUAAGGCUGCUCUCCGUGGCCGUGGAUUCUGUUACAAGCACUCUUUCUAUGGUAUUCAGUCCCAUCUCUGCAUGGAGACCACCCCUUCAUUGGCCUGUGCCAACAAGUGUGUCUUCUGCUGGAGACAUCACACCAACCCUGUCGGAACUGAGUGGAGAUGGAAGGUCGAUGACCCCGAGUUCAUUCUGGAGGGCGCAUUGGAGAACCAUUAUGGAAUGUUGAAGCAGCUCAAGGGUGUCCCCGGUGUUCGUGCCGACCGUUUUGUUGAGGCUGGUCAGGUCAAGCACUGCGCCUUGUCCCUUGUCGGCGAGCCCAUCUUCUACCCCCAUAUCAACGAGUUUGUGAGGCUGUUGCACAAGAAGCGCAUCUCGUCGUUCUUGGUUACCAACGCCCAGUUCCCUGACGCCAUUGCCAACAUGGAUCCCGUUACCCAGCUCUAUGUCAGUGUGGACGCCUCAACCAAGGAGUCCCUCAAAAAGAUUGACCGCCCCCUGUUCCGCGAUUUCUGGGAGCGGUUCCUCGACAGUCUGGAUGCUCUAGGCAAGAAGGGCCAGCGUACGGUCUACAGAUUGACACUGGUCAAGGAUUUCAACACGGACGAGAUUUCCAACUAUGUCGAGCUCAUCCGUCGUGGCCAGCCCGACUUUAUCGAAAUCAAGGGAGUCACCUACUGCGGAUACGGAGGCGCCUCAGGCCUAACCAUGGCCAACGUCCCCUACCAUACUGAGGUUGUCCGGUUCGUGGAGCUGAUUCAGGAGCAAUUGGGCGCUGGGUACGAGAUUGCGGCUGAGCAUGCUCACUCGUGCUCGAUCUUAGUUGCUUCGACCAAAUUCAAGAAGGGUGAUACCUGGUACACACAUAUCGACUAUGACAAGUUUUUUGAGCUGGUCGAGUCUGGCGAGAAGUUUACUAGCUUGGAUUACAUGGCCGAGACACCUUCGUGGGCAGUCUUUGGAGCACCCGAGGGAGGAUUUGACCCGGAUGAGACACGGUACUUUAGGAAGACCAAGGAGCAGCGGAAGACUGAGCGGGAACGACGUGAAGACGAGGAGGACCAGGAGUAA